ACCAGAUAUUUUCUUCACCAGGAUGUGAAGGCGAGUGCCCUCAUCCGAGCCAAGGACCGUCUUGGAAACACCCCUCUUCAUUACGCAGCUUGUAAAGGAUGUGUGAAGGACGCAUCAAUCAUUUUGAUGAAGUACCGAGCGGGAGCUACCAUCACAAAUGGCUCAGGGGAGACGCCGUUACAUAUUGCUGCAAGGUACGGCUGCACAUCCGUUGCUAAGAAGCUGAUGGAAGGACGUGGAAAGAGGACGGUUAAUGGUAAUGAUGUUUAUGAGAGAACGCCACUCCAUCUGGCUGCACAACAGGGCCAUGACGAAUUGGUUGAGUUCUUCCUCAAAAGAGGGGCAAAAAUAGACAGUGACGUACAUGGUCAAACACCCUUACAUUAUGCGGCGCUGCAAGGAUCGAAAAGAUCAGCUGAACUCAUCUUGGCGAGUAAGCCAGAGAGUCUAAAUGUUACCGACAAAAACCAGAACACAGCGCUCCACAUGGCAGCCAAAGGUGGCCACGCAGAAAUCCUGAAAUACCUGCUUUCCAAAUCGGAACAACUUGUGUCAGUAAAUGAGAGAAACCAGAAUAUCUUGGAUAUUGCCAUUGAAGCAAAGCAAGAAGCCGUCGCUAUGGGAAUUGUUGAACAUAGAAGGUGGAAAGAAGUUCUUAGAAGUACAACACACGGAUCACAUACUCAGAUACAGCUUCUAGUUCAACACAUGCCUGAAGUGGCUAAGAAAUUUCUCGAUCGCUGUAUUGUGGAGGAAGGUGAUCCAGAGGACGAAAAUUACAAGGUCUCGUACGAUCUUCGGUUUAUUCAAGGAAUGCCAGACGAAAAACGAAAAGAAAAGAACGCCAAAGAAUCUCUAAGUGCUCUCCAUACGAUGGUAAAAUAUCAACGACUCCAGUGUCUUACGCAUACUCUUUGUUCAGUACUUAUGGACAUCAAAUGGCGAAAAUUUGGAUUGGUCUGCGCAUUACUGAACCAGAUUGUUUACAUUUUGUUUGUAUUGCUGUUGAUGAUAAUGAUGAAAAAACAAGUUGAUGUAAAAGAUGCACUGGGAAACGACCCAUUGAUAGCGCUGUGUUUUGAAGACAGCUGGAUUCAUGCCAGUGUGUCAGUGUUCCUCAUUAUAGCGUGUGGAUACAAUUUGGCUAAAGAACUUUUUCAGAUGUUUGAUGAGGGUGUAAAAUAUUUGUUUACGCUUAACAACUGGCUUGAGGUGACGCUGUACGUUCUAACGUUGGUUACGCUUGUCAGACCGCGUUCCGGGGAUAUUUCUGAGAUGGGAAUCUGUGUUUUUCUAGUGUGGAUUGUUUUACUUCAGUAUAUUAGCAAAUUCAAUUACGUUGGGUUGUAUAUCGUGAUGAUCACGAAGACAAUCAAAACAGUUUCCAAAGUCAUGGUCAUCCUUCUUAUUCUUCUCGCUGCGUUUGCAUUUUCUCUGUAUGUCGUGGUUCCAAGAGGCGGGGAUGAUAAUCCAGGAAAUCGUCGCUUCCACAACAUUUCUUCCUCAUUCGCUGCUACUUUCUUCAUGAUGUUAGAUAAUUUGCAGUAUGACAACAUUCUUUUGAAUUACAACAGCACUUCUGGCAGCGUAGGCAAUGGCCUAGUACUCUACGUCUUGUACAUUGCAUACUGCUUCAUGAUGCCGAUAAUAUUCCUUAACUUACUAAUCGGUUUGGCUGUUGGAGAUAUAGACACCAUUCGAAAGACUGCUGCUCUGGAAAGAUACACGAGUCAGGUGGAGCACCUUUCUCAAUUAGAGCGCGCCAUACCAACCUUCAUCCUUAACAGUGUCCAGGUCACCGAGUAUGUAGAAUAUCCAAACAAACCAAAGAACUUCAAAACCAAGAUUGUGGACAUGCUCGUAAAACUUUUGUCUCCUCGUCAAGAGAACGAUGAGAAACAAGAAAUUGCGGAAGAUCUCAGAGAGACGAUUGAACGACAUGAUGAACAGUUGAGGGAAAUAACUUCGUCUUUAAAGAAGCAAAGCGCGUUAUUAGAAGAUCUUCGAGACUUCUUCAUGGAUAAAAAGCGAAGACCCAAGAGGGAAGAGCCGGCCGAACAGUAUCCAGACGGAACUGAAUUUUACGUCUAAUUGCUUACUAAGUGGAUCUGAAGUAUGAGUGAGUGCAGUAUAACCGCUGCCACAUGGCAUGGCGGACAGGCAGGUUGUUUCCGACGUCAUUUUGUUUUUCACUGUACGGCGUCCGUUAGAAUGGGAAGGAUGUGCAUUUCUCAAGGUGGCAGGCACACCAUUGUAUCAGUAAAAGCAACAAUUGACAACAAAAUAAACAAUGGCCGUUUCUGAAAGCCCGCGAUGGACACCCGUGGAGGUUUAGAGAAAACUCCUUUUGUGAGCUUUAUAGCUUAAUUAAAACUGUAAACUUCUCAAAUCGGUGUAGACUAAGCCAGUUGGUGAUAAAUCAUUAACUUUAACAGCAAAGAAAGCUGGAAAAAUCCAAGGGAAAUUAACCGUUUUAACAGAAUAUGUUUACGGCGUAGUUCAUGGAAUCAGUUAGUGCAUGAGCUACUGAAAAUAACAGAUGUCCGGAGGAGUUCUAUGCUCUAAGUCAACUGUUAUGAUUAUGCGUCACAAAUUAGGCGGGCUCAAUGAAUAAUCAAAUAGCCUGGCGAAAAGCUCAUUAUUGCGGGAAAGAAGGGCUUGAAACGGCAGUUUUUUUUACUCCAAAAUGAGGACGAGUAGUUUUUAUUCACGAUUAAAGAGGAUGGUGACAAAUUACCAUUACUUACCACCUGGUUUGUCAGCAAAGUUUGAUAUUUAAAAGCAUGUAGGUUUUUGGCAGGACCAUAUCAGUUAUUAACAAUGUUUUCAAAUGACUUACCAUGUCGAGAAGGACAAUUUGAUUUUUUUGGAAGACCAAACCAAGGUUUUCGGAAUGACUCUCCCUGUAGUCGAAGUACGGAAGGAUAAUUUAUAUUUUUUGGAUACGAAACGAUUGUGUAAUUUUCCAAUUUAUCUUCGUAGCUUCUCUUGUUUUAUUACGUUCCUAAAGUGACAUUACAGUUGUCAAUUAGAAACUGAAAAUUAAAGAACAAUACGUUUUUGUGUUUGAAAAAAUUAUGUCUUUUAAUGAACCUUUUCAAAAGAGUACUUUGUUUUAGUUAAUAGGAUUAUACUCUGAUCAUA